AUGGAACAACCACCCAUGUCGUGGCCCGAGCAGCUCGAUGAUGGCUCGCUCAUCACCGCGCCGGCCGACGAUGAGUUCUCCAACUUCCUCGAGUUCGGCAUGCAGUUUCCCGAUCUCGAGGGGCACGGACCCGGCGCUUCGCAGCAUUCCCAGCAACACUCGCUCGCCAAUCCAUCCACCACCAGGGCUCCCGACUCGGAGAUGGUACACAUGGAUACCGAGCCAACCUCGCACCCCAUGCAGUACGGCCAGCUGGAUAUGUCUGACUUCAACGGCCAGUCGCAGUCCCAUCAAUUGGCCUACUCGGCGUCCGGCAUGACCCCAGGCUUUUGCGCGCCAGACCACUCGCGACAGCGCUCCCUGCAGCCAUCGCCGGCCUCGCACUAUAUGCAGGGCCAGCCGAUGAUCCCACCGACGCCGAACAGUAUGGAAAUGCAUGGUAAUGCCGCUCGGUAUCCCCAGCGGGUGGAUGAGAACCAAGAGAUGUACGACCGAUAUGCGCGCAUCAACGAGGAGCAGGCACUGUACACUCCCCUGGUUUCUCCUGCCAUGACUCCGUUGGAGAAUCAGUUCCGGCUUCCCGAAUACACCAUCCCCGGGGAGUACUUUACCCCUCUUACUUCUCCUGCCUUGGAAGCGCAGAAUGCGAACCAGUCCAACAACAGUGGCUACCCAUUCCACCACAGGCAGGUGUCUGAUGUGGGUUUUGUCCCGACAAGCGCAGAGAGCAACCCGCUCCCGGGGACCUCUUCUCCGUCAUCUCCUCACAUUAUCAGGAAGUCCGGUCGUCGGCGACCGUCCACCUCUCGUGUCACCGGGCGAAGCAAGGUCAAGCAGUCGCCUUCCAUCCGGGCGCAGCAGCGCAAGAAGUCGACCCUUAGCAUGAAUUCGGAAGAGCUGUUCAAUAACCUCGAUAAGGAGCUGAACACCCACAAGCCGCUCAACCACGAUGUGUGCUCUCUCCAGGCCAGCAGCAACGAGGGCUCUGGCCAAGACUCGGUCUCCCCCGAACCACUAUCAGAACCUCUGAUGCCACCCCCGGCUCUUCCUCCGCCUCGCAGAUCUCCCGCGAUCGCUCCCCAACACUCUCGGUCGCAGCCCGCUGGGGCGGCCACCCCUGCCACGUUGAUGCGCCUCCGGUCGCAGCAUUCACCGGACCCCUCGGAUCAGUUCACCGGCCAAGCACAGCUUGCACCGCCCGAAUACCAAGACGAGGUGAUGGAGGAUAUUUCCCUCCCGGAGGCAGCUACUCCAUCGCAGCGGCCUCGCCCCAAGGUAUCUCGCGUCGAUACCGCCAUACGCAGCAACACUAUCAGUCCUGCGAACUCUGCAAAUGCUACACCGACGUUGGAGCUGCGGUCGACUUCGACUGAUCAACCUCCCAGCUGGGCUAUGGCUCCCAGCCCCCGUACAGUCAUUCCUUCCCCGAGCGGACCAGUUCCCAAGAAGUCUGAUUCUUCGGCGACCCCUGUAUCCAAUCGCAAACGGCAGAGCUUAAGUACCACACAUGCCAGCCCACAAUUGCGGCCGAAGAUUAGCCCCAAUAUCCAACCGCUUAUGCGAGGUGAUGGCAUGAGCCAUGACACGUCGUCUAUCUAUCUGGCAUCUAAGUCCAAUUACCAACACAUCCUUGAUGGUACCUUGCCGUCUGGCGUUUCGUACCCCGAAAGUCUCGCAGAGAAUCUGAGCUCGAAACGCACGAACCACAAGCUGGCUGAGCAGGGCCGUCGGAAUCGGAUCAACAAUGCGCUCAAGGAAAUUGAAGCGCUCAUCCCACCAGCAUUCAUUCAGGCACGACAAGCCACCGAAACAGCUGCAAACAAUGCCUCGAAGGCUGGCGAGAAGGAAAAGGACAAAUCGAACAAUCAGCCGAUCAGCAAGGCCACUGCGGUCGAGAUGGCUAUCGACUACAUCAAGCUGCUGAAGACGUCUCUGGAUGAAGCUUCCACCAAACUAGCGCUGGCUGAAGCGAAGCUUGCUGCCGGCGAUCGGGCUCAGGACGGCUCGACUAGCGACACAUCCUCAUCCGCGACAAACAAGACAGCAGUCAACGGGACUACAGCAGACUCUAUGUCGCCGAAUUCGAAGUGA